AUGUCUGUCGCUAAGAUUGCUGGUAUCGUCCUCGGCUCGGCCGCUCUGGUCGCUGGCCACGGCUACGUGUCGGGUGCUGUGAUUGACGGCGAGUACUACGGAGGUUACAUUGUCACCGAGUACCCCUAUGAGAGCGACCCCCCGAGCACCAUUGCCUGGUCCACCGACGCCACUGACCUGGGCUACGUCGACGGCACUGAAUACGCCGAGGCCGAUAUCAUCUGCCACAAGAGCGCUCAGCCCGGUGCUAUCUCCGCCGAUGUCAAGGCUGGCGGUACCGUUGAGCUGCAGUGGACUACCUGGCCUUCCAGCCACCACGGUCCCGUCCUGACCUACCUUGCCAACUGCAACGGUGACUGCUCCGAUGUCACCAAGACCGACCUCGAGUUCUUCAAGAUCGAUGAGAGCGGUCUCAUCAGCGACACCGACGUCCCUGGUACCUGGGCCACUGACAACCUGAUCUCCAACAACAACAGCUGGACUGUGACCAUCCCCUCCACCGUCGAGGCUGGUAACUAUGUCCUGCGUCACGAGAUCAUUGCCCUGCACUCCGCCGAGGAGAAGGAUGGUGCCCAGAACUACCCCCAGUGUCUCAACCUGAAGGUUACCGGCAGCGGAACCGAGACCUACACCGGCACCGCCGGUGAGUCGCUCUACAAGGACACCGACCCGGGUAUCCUCGUCAACAUCUACGAGACUCUGUCCUCCUACGAUAUCCCCGGUCCUGAUAUCACCACCUCCGCUGCUGGUGCCGUUGUCACUGAUGUUGCUACCACCGUCCAGACUUCGGUCGCCACCGCCUACCAGACCUCGACUGACGUUGUGCAGGUCACUGUCACUGGCAGCUCCCCUCAGCAGACCCACGUGCAGGUGUCUACUUCCAGCGCCGCUGCCUCCUCCCCUAGCAGCUCUGCCUCCGCCUCCACCUCCAGCAGCAGCCUUACCAGCUACUUCAGCUCUCUGAGUGCGGACCAGUUCCUCAGCGUUCUCAAGGAGACUUUCUCUUGGCUCGUCACCGAGAAGAAGCACGCCCGUGACAUCACCGCAUAAUUGCCCAGCAAGAUGUGGUAAUCGGACCGAAUAAACGUUCUUUCUUUUCACAUCUAGCGCCCGAACUCAAUCGUCGGACUGUUAGAUAUUCCUGUUUUGGAUCAGUGAUCCAUUUAUGUACCAUUAAAAUACCAUUUUUGGAGCUGUAUACUCUUUCUUGCCCCUUCCCGG